UAUAAAAGAUCAAUUGAAGUUAAAGAUUACAAGGCAAACCCAAAAACUGCAAUACCUAAGUCUCUAGUGAAGCAGUACACCAAGUCACCAACCACUAGUUUUCAGUCUCUACUCUCUACCAUACCAAGAAAAAACCAUUAUGGGAACAAUGGUUGACAUGGAGAAGAAAUCAGAGCUGAUAUUCAUUUCUUCAACAUUGAUUGGCCAUUUAAGCUCAAUCUUGGAACUUGCACAAAUCCUUAUCAACAGUGAUAACCAUCUUUCCAUCACAAUCCUCAUCAUCAAACACCAAGCAACUCCCUUUUCAGAAUCCUACAUCAGAACAGUUUUAGCCUCACAACCUCAGAUCCAAAUCAUUGAUGUUGAACCCCCACCAGAGGAGGAGCAAACACCUAUACCUCAAUUUACAGCAUCCUUCUUCUGGAGCUUCAUGGAGUGGCUCAAACCCCAUGUUAAAUCCACAAUGCAAAACAUUUUAUCCUCUUAUCCUAACACAGUUGUUGGGUUAGUCCUAGAUUUCCUUUGUGUACCCUUCAGUGAUGUGGGAAAGGACCUAGGUAUCCCUUCUUAUUUGUUCUUCCCAUCAAAUGCAGGAUUCUUGAGCCUCUGUCUACACUUUCAGAAAUGUCAAAUUGAGGAUGUGUUGAAUAAUUCUAAUCAUGAGUUGUUGAUUCAAGGUUUUCCAAGUCUAGUUCCUUCAAGUGUUAUACCUGAUGAUUAUUACACCAGAGAUGAAGAACAAGUUGUUGCCUGCAACAAGCUUACUAAGAAGUUCACAGAAACUAAAGGAAUCAUCAUCAACACUCUUUCAGAGUUGGAACAGUAUGGUAUUGAUACAUUAACUGAUGGCCAAACCCCUCCUAUCUAUCCUGUUGGUCCUUUGAUUGAUUUCAAAGGUCUACUUAACCCAAGUUUAGACAAAGUACAACAUAACCGCUUGUUUAAAUGGCUAGAUGAGCAGCCACCUUGCUCUGUUGUUUUUCUCUGUUUUGGGAGCAUGGGAAUCUUUGAUCCAUCUCAAACAAGAGAAAUAGCACUAGGACUUCAACGUAGUGGUGUUAGAUUCUUGUGGGCUUUGCGUUCUCCACAAACCACUGACAACAAGGCAGAGGAAACUUUACCAGAAGGGUUCUUAGAAUGGAUGGAACUGGAAGGUAAGGGAAUGUUGUGUGAAUGGGCACCCCAGGUGGAGGUUCUGGCCCACAAAGCCAUUGGUGGAUUUGUCUCUCACUGUGGUUGGAAUUCCAUCUUAGAAAGCUUGUGGUUUGGGGUGCCAAUACUGACAUGGCCAAUCUAUGGAGAGCAACAGCUAAAUGCUUUUAGGAUGGUGAGAGAAUGGGGAUUAGCAUUUGAGCUGAGAGUGGAUUAUAGAAGAGGUAGUGCUCUUGUGAUGGCAGAUGAGAUAGAGAAAGGGCUGAAACACUUGAUGGAUAAAGAUAAGAUAGUUCACAAGAAGGUACAAGAGAUGAAGGAGAUGGCUAGGAAAGCUGUUCUUAGUGGUAGUUCUUCAUUCAUAUCUGUUAGGAAACUCAUUGAUGAUAUGAUAGGUAGCAACUGAUAUCUAAAAAGCUAAUGUUGUGUUUCAUAUGUGGAUUGCCCAUUACUGAUUCAAUUAAUGAGUGUCAAAUUAUUUCAGCAACUCUGGCCCAGACAAGCAAGAUUGUGAUUCUAGUAAGCAAGUUUUUGUUGCAGUUGGUGUAUUAUAAAUAUAUUUAGGAGUUAUGAUUCAUUCAUAUCUCUAUUUUAUUUA